CUGCACACCUGGCAGUGGAUGCACGGAUGUGAACUCUCCAAGGAGGGGCGCAAAAGGGGCUACUCCCAGUUUGCCUACGAUGGGAAGGACUACCUCAGCCUGGACAAAGAGACCCUCACCUGGACGGCCACCGACAGCCGGGCCCAGGUGACCAAGCGGAGGUGGGACACGGACCGGGUCUGGACCGAAGGGCGCAGGAAUUUCGUGGAGGGGCGCUGCGUGGAAUGGCUGCAGAAGUACCUGGACUACGGGAAGGAGACCCUGCUGAGGAGAG